GCAGGAACCGAUCCGAGUACCAGUCGUGACGCCUGGGCCGCGCCCAGGAGGUGCCCCCUGUUCCCACGCGGUUCCCAGCCAGGCACCUCUCUGUGGUGGAGCCUAUUUUCUCUUCCCUCAGCUCUGGUGCCUCUCCCUCCCGCCCCUCCGAGGGUAGCCAGACUCCUGCUGUGCCUGCGUCUCCGGGGGCGCCUCCGCUCAGGCGCCGGCCCGCCUCCCGCACACCCUGCUUCAGGGGCCGCAGGAGCUGUUUGGCCCCAUUCUACCUGGACUGGAACAAAGAUUUCUGCCUUGGGGGAGUGAAUGAGACACAGAAGCUGAAGUGACAACUGCCAUUCUUCUGAAAUCCGCAGGGAGAGGCAACGGCAGACUAUGGGCAGCAUCGAACAAACAGCUGAGCUCCUCUUGUGUCUCUCCCCCGCUGAAGUUGCCAAUCUCAAGGAAGGAAUCAAUUUUGUUCGAAAUAAGAGCACUGGCAAAGAUUACAUCUUGUAUAAGAGUAAGAGCCUCCUGCGAGCAUGCAAGAAUAUGUGCAAGCACCAAGGAGGCCUGUUCAUAAAAGAUAUCGAGGAUUUAGAUGGAAGGUCUGUUAGAUGCACAAAACACAACUGGAAGUUGGAUGUGAGCACCAUGAAGUACAUCAACCCUCCAGGCAGCUUCUGUCAAGAUGAACUAGUUGUGGAAGAGAGUGAAGAAAAUGAACUUUUGCUUCUAGAGCUGAAUCCUCCUAACCCCUGGGAUUCAGAGCCCAGAUCUCCUGAAGAUUUGGCUUUUGGGGAAGUGCAGGUGAUGAACAGGAGUCAUAAAAUACUCAAUACAGUGGAUUGCACCAGACCCAAUGGAGGAAGGCUGCCUAUGAAGGUUGAUUUAAUGAUGAGUGAUUUUGGAGGAGCAUCAGGCUUUCCGAUGACUUUCAGUGGUGGAAAGUUUACUGAGGAAUGGAAAGCCCAGUUCAUUAAAACAGAAAGGAAGAAACUCCUGAACUACAAGGCUCGGCUGGUGAAGGACCUACAACCCCGAAUUUAUUGCCCCUUUGCUGGGUAUUUUGUGGAAUCCCACCCAUCAGACAAGUACAUUAAGGAAACAAACAUCAAAAAUGACCCAGAUGAACUCAACAAUCUUAUCAAGAAAAAUUCUGAUGUGUUAACAUGGACACCGCGACCUGGAGCCACUCUUGAUCUGGGUAGGAUGCUAAAGGAUCCAACAGACAGCAAAGGCAUCAUUGACCCUCCGGAGGGGACUAAAAUUUACAAGGAUUCCUGGGACUUUGGACCAUAUUUGAAAAUCUUGAAUGCUGCUGUAGGAGAUGAAAUAUUUCAUCAUCCAUCCUGGAUAAAAGAAUACUUCACUUGGGCUGGAUUUAAGGAUUAUAACCUGGUGGUCAGGAUGAUUGAGACAGAUGAGGACUUCAGCCCUUUUCCUGGAGGAUAUGACUAUUUGGUUGACUUUCUAGAUUUAUCCUUUCCAAAAGAAAGACCAAGCCGGGAACAUCCAUAUGAGGAAAUUCGGAGCCGGGUUGACGUCAUCAGACACGUGGUGAAGAAUGGCCUGCUCUGGGAUGACCUGUAUAUAGGAUUCCAAACCCGGCUCCAGCGGGAUCCUGACAUAUACCAUCAUCUGUUUUGGAACCAUUUUCAAAUAAAACUCCCCCUAACACCACCCAACUGGAAGUCCUUCCUAAUAUACUGUGGGGAGAGAGGACCUGAGAUCUCCCAGGGAUACUAAGCUGCAUGAAAAAUUCAAGUAUUCACUGAUGCUGUAUCUUGAACAUGAAGCUUAUACCAAAGAGACUAUGUAUGCCUUACUGACAUCAGCAAUGGAUAAUCAAAUGUUGUGUUUGUGAAAUGUUCACAUAUCUUAUGUUUGUGGAUCACUACAUAGCCAGAGUAUUGAUAUUUUAAUUAUUCUGUCCAUAAUUUUCUGUAAAAGAACCCAUGAAUGCCAUAGGAACAAAUUCUCUAUGGAAAACAAAGACAACAGGGGAUGUAAAUCCAAGUACAGAAGAAGUAGAACAGGAGGAGAAAAGGUUUCCUAGAAGACAAGGAGAAGACAAGGGUUGGGGAGCAGAUGCUGGGUUAGAAGAAGAGAAGAAAGGAGAGAAACAGAUAAAUGAGGGGCUGUAAGAAGAAAAUAAGGAAGAGAAAAAGUUAAAAUGGAACUUAAAAAGAAGGUAAACAUAGACAUUUUGUUCCUUAAUAGAUUGACUCCCCAGAUAGAGUCCAUGAAUAUAACUGAGUAAGAAGCAUUCAUGAGCUGUUUGCAGUUUUUGAAAAAGUUUCGUUGAAGUCAUAUAUUUACCAAAACAAGGCUGCAGAGGCUACCCAAGAUGUAAAAUUUCAUUGGGACUGAAAUAAUUUUGGUUCAGUGAUAAAAAUUUAUUACUUAAUGUAUAUUAUAAAUUCUAACAAAUAAUGGUAUCUUUGAAUAAAAUAUAUGAACACUAGCUAAUGAUCAAGUGAGUCCUAUAGACAAAAAUCUUUCAAUCUCAAUAGAAUAAUCAACAGUCGAGCCUAUAUCUUGAAGAAAUUAAGAAGUCCUCUUCUGAAUACUUGAAAACACUGUUGCAGUGGUUAAAACCCACAACUAAUGUAUCUGUUUCUGUUAAUGUCUGUAGUUUUUGAUGAUUUUCCUGUGAUUAGCACACUAUCUCUAGGAAUAUGUGAUUGUUGACUAUGUUUCUAUUUUAAUAUUGAUGUUUCCAGUACACACAAACCUCUCAUUGAUCUGAACAUCAGAACUGAUUUCCUAAUUAUGUAUACUACCUCUUUAACUCUGAAGAUUAAGAUUUAAGAUUCUCCUUAAAUCUCAUGAUUAUCUACUUCUUACAAAGAUAAUAAUAUGAUAUUUGAUGUCUCUGAUUCACUUCAUACAUUCUACCUAAGUUUUGUGAUUUAUGCUCUAUAGUAAAUUAUUCAAUUAUUACUGAAAAAUAAAUGUAAUGUAUGUCAGUAUAUGAAUAUAUGAUAAAAUGUGUAUGAGGAGCAAAUAAAAGAUUAUUUUAAAAUA